ACAACGAACACUCUCGUCCUCAAACUCGAAGAGGCCCUCAGCCAAUUUAUUUUACUCAGCUUGGCUCAGCUCACCUCAGCUCUGCUCUGCUCAGCGAUUCACUUUCUUUUCUCUUGAGUCCCUCCGCUCGGCAACGCGGCGCGGCGAUUGGUUCGCGAGUCACGUUUUCUUUCGUUCUCUCCAUUCUAUUAUCGUUACAUCCCUGCCCGAAAAUUUCGCAAACGAUUCCGUUUAUAAUAGAUUUUUUUUCAAUUAAAUAUUUUAUAACAGUGCCAAGUGUGUGUGCCAUAUAGGAUUACAGCGAGCUGCUGAAAUUGGAUCGAAAAGAGAACGCGCGCAAAAUCAAAAGCACAAAAGAUGGACAGAACGCGGUGGAGUAUAAAAAAGAAAAGCCUGUUCUUUUUGCUGCCCUUAUUUUUGGUAUGCGUAAAUUCAGAAGCUCCAUUGGUCGACAGCAGUGCCCUUCCUCUGGAGCACCGAUCGGUCUACGGACCACCAGCACAAUAUGGGCCACCAGUAUCUCACGGAGCUGAGGAAAAUUGGCCUCUCGCCUCUCCUGAUACUCCACAAAUUAAACAUCUACAAGUGCAAUGCGAAAAAACACAUAUGAGGGUCAAUAUCGAAUUCGAUCGACCCUUCUAUGGUAUGAUCUUCAGCAAAGGUUUCUACUCGGAUUCCCACUGUGUUCACCUGAAACCUGGAACUGGUCACCUCAGUGCAACCUUUGAAAUAUUCCUUAAUUCCUGUGGGAUGAGCUCUUCAGCCAAUCACAAUGUGGCUCCUUAUGGAGCUCCAACACCUUCUGGAAGUUAUGUAGAAAACACGAUCAUUGUUCAAUAUGAUCCUUACGUUCAGGAAGUUUGGGAUCAAGCCAGAAAGUUGCGUUGCACAUGGUACGACUUUUAUGAGAAGGCUGUCACUUUCAGACCCUUCCAGGUCGACAUGUUGCAUGCCGUUACUGCCAAUUUCUUGGGUGACAAUUUGCAAUGCUGGAUGCAGAUCCAAGUUGGAAAAGGACCAUGGGCUUCGGAAGUUUCGGGGAUUGUGAAAAUUGGACAGACGAUGACUAUGGUCCUUGCUAUCAAGGAUGAUGAGAAUAAGUUUGAUAUGCUUGUUAGGAAUUGUGUUGCUCAUGAUGGAAAGAGAGCUCCUAUUCAACUUGUUGAUCAGUAUGGUUGUGUUGUCAGGCCGAAGAUUAUGUCAAGGUUCCAGAAGAUUAAGAACUUUGGUCCAAGUGCAUCCGUAGUGAGUUUCGCCUACUUCCAAGCUUUCAAGUUCCCAGAUAGUAUGAACGUCCACUUCCAGUGUGUGAUUCAAGUAUGCCGAUACAACUGUCCGGAACCGAAAUGCGGUCAUCCAGGUCUCGAAUACGGUGCACCAGCUCUAGGAAUCUCGCAAGAUUAUGGAGCGCCGGUUCACCAAGGUCUUUCCUCCGAAUAUGGAGCACCACCAGUACCUGAAUAUGGAGUUCCUCCAGCUUAUCCUGAUCCACGACAUCCCAGUGGCCCGGCCGGGGCAUACAGUGAGCCGAACCCUGACGUAGUACCAGCACCUCAAGCUCAGACUUCUUCAUCGUCGCCAAGUUCAACGCCAGGAGACGCAACAGCAAGCAGUUCUCCACAAAGCCCUCAAGAUAAUAUUCAUCUCCCACCGCCUCCUCUCCCAGGACAUCCCGCAGGGGCUUAUCAAACCGUGAAGAGAAAAGGAACGGCUGGUUCAGAAGAACUAGAAGGAAACCUGGCCACCCUCGGGGGGCGACCGAGGUCGGUUGAAGGUCUUCCAGCAGAACUCAGAGGUGCCAGAAGACGAAGAUAUAUUUUGGACGAAGAUGAUUUUUCAGAUGUCUUCCACACAGUGACAAUGGUCUCAUCGCACGUCUACAAACGUUCAACUCAAGAAAUGACGGACGUCAACACGACGCGGAUCAUCCAGGUUGUUGCGCCAGGUGAUGUAAAUUUCGCCUUGAGUUCGUCGAGUGCCAACAAUGACACAACAGUAGUGAUCCAAAACGCCAGUUCAUCACCCGAUUCAGAGACGAUCUGCAUGUCUCUUCCAGGCUUCGUAGGGGGUCUGGUGAUGCUCCUGUUGGUAGUAGUUGUCGCCUCCCUCGUUGCAGCUUUCCUCUUUGUCCGUGUGAGGGCGAUUGAUCGGAAAGGCUUUGGAAUGCACACCAUGAACAGCAUGAACAGUAUGAACAGCAUGAACUACGUCCAUCCUGCCUACAUUACCGAGAACCCCGAAAUCCUUAAGGUCAACAACUGAAGAGAUCACAAGGAAAAGGCGACAACGGUCCUCUUUCUUUUCCGAAGGUUGUCCUUUUUCCGAAAGUCUUGAGUACUCUUUAAAGACAAUCUAUGAUCCAAAUAAUGUCUCGAAGACUUAAAGUCAGAAGACAUAGAGCUCCAUUCUCAUGUCGCUCUUAGGAUGUCCUGGUGUCGACUGGGAAAGAAAAGGCGACACAGAAAACAGGCAUUCAGUAAAAGGCGAUAAGAAAUUGACAAGGUACUUGAAGAGAGUCGCUUUGGAUAAUAGAGGAAGUUUCGUGUACAUAAAAGCUCUUGCUAGAAGUGCGAACGACUCAAAAUGAGAAUCGAUACGAAAAUGUCUCGGAUUCGUCGAAAAACUUGAUCAGUAGUUAUUUAUCGUCAAAAUUGGUGAGCAUUGUUAUAACUUGUACAGAAAGUGGAACAAAAUGCAUCAAGUUUCUUGGGGAAUCGGAGUUGUCUCGAGAAGUCGUGUAAAUAGGUUGCAGGAGUCAGUUUGCUCCUCGGGACUUUAGCUUUCACUAUGUUUAUAAUUAAUGUUACUUAUGCGAAGUCUGUUAAAAAAACGCGGAUUGAGGUACUAAAAAAACUACUUUAUUUGAAAGGUACACGUCUGGGUCUCCGUCAAAAAAUACUUUCCUACCCAAUGCACACACUUAUCCCAACGGUGUUUUCAAUUGUUGAAACAGUCCUGGUACGCUUCUUUUGUGAUAACUUUUAGCUCCUUCGUCGGAUUUGCCUUAAUCUCAAAAAAUCGUCUUAAAUCCUUUUCCUUUGAGGGAUUUUUUUUAGUUUUGGGAACAAGAAAAAGUCACAAGGAGCAAGGUCAGGUGAGUAUGGGGGGACACUUCUCCACAGUUCUGGCCUUUUGCGUCGGGCGGCGUCCCUCAGACGUUUCAGUACUUCAGUGUAAGUAAUCUGGUUGACUGUGGAGCCUUAAGUCAGCAUAGCCAUGACAUUUGACCGAACUUGGCGAGCUUUUUUGGGUCUUGGGGACGUUUGACCCACCCUUUGGGAUGAUUGGACCUUUGUUUCAAUGUCAUAACCAUAAACCCAUGAUUCAUCACCGGUUAUAAUUCGUGACAAAAAGUUCUGAUCUUCAUCUGAACGAUCAAGCGGUUCCUGACAAACCCGGACGCGAUUGGCUUUUUGGUCGUCGGUCAUCAGGCGUGGCAUAAAUUUCGCAGUGACGCGAUGCAUCUUCAAUUUUUCGGUCAAAAUCUUGUAACAAGAUCCAACUGAUAUCCCACACUAUUCGGCAAGCUUCAUAAUGGUCAGACGUC